AUGGUGUCGCUUCUUUAUGCUUUGUUCUUGGGCAGCGCGUCGUUGUGUGCUGCCCUUCCUGUCGCCGAGAAGCGCGCCGUGACGGCGCUGGACCAGGCUUCCUUUGAGGAAGCUCAGCAGCGAGACGAUACGGCCACGAGAGCCUUUUCGUCGAUCCCAAUCAAGACCUCGGAUGGACAGUGUCUCUUCGUCGACGAGUUGUCGGGAGAUUUCCGCGCCAAUUUGACACCGAUCCAAGUCGGUGCCUGCAACGGCAGCAUUGCACAACAAUGGGACAUCAUCACCGCCGGCAAGCAUGACAACGUGCCGGGAUCCAUGCUGAUUGUUAGCACCUUGACACAAGCUUGCUUCAACUUCGACCCCCGACGUGCUGCUGGGAAUCAGGUCCUUCUGUUCUCCUGCGGUGGACGUGCCGAUGGCAGUGGCUCUGUGACCAACUCCCAGCUUUUCCCCUUCAAUGGCAGUGCUGGCCCUCUUUCAUUGACCCCUGAGAAUGCACCUGGAGACUGUUUGACCGUGAAUGGAGCGCUCAUCGACAUAGCCGCCUGCAACGCGGCUGAUCCUAAUCAAUCCUUCACUUUCGACGAUGCUGGUGCUGCUGUCAGCACUACUGUGGACGCUGCAUCCCCUACCGUUGUGACUGCUUCUGCGCCAACUUCGACUGCACCUGCCUUAACCACUACUGUGGCGGCCGUCUCAACCUCUGUAGCGCUAGUUUCAACCACACCAUCACCUACCGUUGCAGCAAGCACGGCAUCGACUGCAUCGGCCUCUAUAAUCUCCGUUUCUCGCGCUGGCAGUGUCCUUAACCCCUCCGCGGCCGCAGAAGCAAAUCCUCGCGACGACACGGCCACACGCGCCUUCUCGUCCGUCUCGAUCAAAUCGGCCUCGGGCCUGUGUCUCUUCAUCGACCCCACGGCCGGCGACUUCCGAGAGAAUCUGAUACCGAUCGUACUCCAGCCAUGUGAUGGAAGCCCCAACCAGAGCUGGGACUUCAUCACCGCGGGAGUCCACAAUAACCAACCAAAUUCCACAUUGAUCGUGAGCACCCUGACAGAGGGGUGCUUGAAUUUCGAUCCCAGGAGGGCUGCCGGAGAUACAGUGAUUAUGUUCAGUUGUGGAGGACGGGCGGAUGGCAGUGGUCUAGUCACCAAUAGUCAGCUUUUCACCUUCACGGCGGGCGAGACCAGCUUGACACUCCAGCCGGAGAAUGGUGAUGGGACCGUGUGCCUGGUGGCAGAUGCAGCGGGAAGGCUGGAUCAGGCGACUUGUAGCGACGAUCCAAGCCAGGUAUUCACCAUCGGCUAA